AUGCCCGAUCCUCUAGACUACACAGAAGAUAAAAUCCCGGUACACUGCGGACGUAACGUGUUCGACAACCAGUGGAUCAAAAUGUUUACACAACUGCGCACCGUGUCUAACCCCGCACUCAAAAUUGCCAAACGUAUUGUCGGUGGGACCAUUUCGAAACACGGCGAAUGGCCCUGGCUUACGUCGUUCAUCUUUCAUCAAACCGCGGAGCAGGUCGCACGUCAGCGGGCCAGUGAGCGAAUGGAACACGCAAAAACUCGCAAUUUGUCCGCGGAUACGCUAUUCGACAUGGACUAUUUCAUCCCACCGACCAUAGUGAUCCCGGAAGGCGAUGGAGGCCGGAAAUUUCACUUGUGCGGUGGGACACUGAUUCAUCCGCGUUGGGUAUUGACCGCAUCUCAUUGCUUUUUUCCCGGUUCCGAUUAUCCCGAUCUUGCCCCGAUCCCCGAUCGUUGGACUGUCCGAGUGGGUGAACAUGACAUGUUAGACGAAUCGGUACCACACUAUGACAUGGAGGUUGAACGAAUCAUACCCCAUCCGCAUUACAAUACACAAACACAAAUAUAUGAUAUCGCAUUGGUGCAACUGAAACGCCCUGUUCCACAAGCCCGUUAUGUGAAUAUUGCCUGUCUACCGGCUGAGUUUGAGAACCUCAAAAUCGGUCAAACGUGCUACAGUGUCGGCUGGGGACACGAGGAAUCGAGUGAGUUCUGUACUGUUCAAUGUGCACCUGUUUUCCAAUUCCCACUUCGCUCCAUUGCCUUGCUUUUGGAAAUCGUCCCGUUGAAAUCGCUUGGUCUGGGUUGCAUCAGACGUAGUCGACUACAGACUGAUUUACUUCAUGGUAGACAUAGAUUGGCCAAGAAUAUUUCGUCCGUGCUUCGUCACGUGCCCCUAUCCAUCGUUUCGAACGAGGACUGCCAUUUGAGCUACAAACGUGUGGCUGAAAUGGAUCCGGCCUACAAAAUCAACAUUCUGGAUAUGAUGGUGUGCGCCGGUGAUCCACGGGGUGGUCGAGACGCGUGUCAGUAUACGAUGCAAUAA